CUGACACCUACAGCCAGCGGCCCUCUGCCAGGGGCAGGGCAGGUCCUCCUGCAGAGGGGUGGGCAGGCGGAGGAACACCGCGGCAAGUCAGCAGAGGGAGCAGAGGCAGCCUUGGAAAGCCUGUCCUGGGUAAAAAUGCCAAAAACGGCUCUGGAGGAACCUCCUUAGCUGCCUUCUGCCUCCUGAAAGGAGACAAAGCCAACCCAGCGCAGCGUUACACAGGGUUCUCUUGCUUAAUCAGUGACUGCCUUGCUUAAUCAGUGACUGCCUCCUGCAGUUUGACACCACUUGUGACAAAAUUGGCACUGUUUGCACCCACCCUGCACAGUUUUGAUGCUCUCAGCUGACGCACACCUUCCCCACACCUCCGCUCAGCUGAAAGUGCCUCCCGCUCUGCCAGCAAGGUCACGGCACUGUCCCCGAAGCCAGGCAGCUUUUGCAAGGCGUUGACAUCACAGAGGUGUCAUCUGGCACCGAGUGCGACAUGGAGACACUCCAGCCACUGUUCCACACUUGCCGAUGUAGAAACCGGGCUCGGUUUCCAGCUGGGCACUCUGCCAGGGAGUCAGGUGAGUCACGGACACAAAGUACUUCCCGACAGCCUUGCAGUCGGACACCUCCUCGGCAUGGCUGUGACCAUAACGCAGUUUCCAUAGGGCUGCUCACAGUCUCCAAAGGGCUGAGCAGCCUUGGAAGGUCUUGGACCAUGUCUCCUUCAGGCAGACCACGGCCCCUGAGCUUCGUGCUUCUUUUGGGGAUGGGGAUGGCAUCAGGGAGAACCAACUGCCCGAGCAGGUGUAGCUGUCAGUACCUGGAAGUAAACUGCACAGGGCAGCAGUUGCAGGAGUUCCCUGAAGCCAUCCCGCUGGACACCAGGCAGCUGAUUCUGGCAGCAAACAACGUCUCGUACCUGCCGGCAGUGGAAUUGAGCUUCUUGGUGGAUUUGGUCUACCUGGACUGCAGGAGGAACCUCCUGGGGGGUGACCUGGAUUUCACUUUCAUUGGUGUGGCCAAGCUUGUCUAUCUGGACCUCAGCUUCAACAAUCUCACACAGGUCACCUUCAGCACCUUCUCACACCUCCUCAGCCUGGUGGUGCUGAAGAUCUCAGACAAUCCCAACCUUGUGGCCAUCGAGAAGGAUGCUUUUGCCAACAACACCUGGCUGAGGCACCUGGAUGUGAGCCGGACAGGCUUAGUGUUCCUGGACACCAGCAUGGUCCGGGACCUGCCCAACCUGAGGUUUCUGGGGCUCAGUGACAACCUGUGGCACUGCAACUGUUCCUUUUUGGACUUCAUCAUCUGGAUGACAGAGAGCAACGUUCAUUUUCCAGAUGCCGACAACAUCACCUGCUAUACCCCCGAAGGCCUGCGUGCCCUGAAAAUGCCUGCAGUGGAGGCACAGCUCCGCUUCAGCUGCCUGAUCCAGCUGUACAAGCAAGACUACAUCUUUCUGUGUCUCAUUGGCUUCUGCAUAUUCUUUGCUGGCACCGUGGCGGCCUGGCUGGCUGGCGUCUGUGCUGUCAUCUACAAAGUCCAUACGUCAAAGGGAGAGGAUGGGGAUGAGGAGGAGGAGGAAGACACGGUCACUUAGGAUUAGCCCUGGAAAUCCUUCUGAAUUCCCAUCGUGGGAACUGAGGGCAGGCCAUUCUUGCCUGAUUUCCCACACGAUGUCCUGCUCUAGAUGCUAUUUUUUUGAAGUGAAAUAAAACUGUAAGAGAAGAAAGCCUCUGUGCUCUGGUUUCACUCACUGUGCUACCUCCACUUGUCUUCUUCCACC